AUGUCUUCCUCUACUACCCUCGACAAGAUCAACGUUGUCAACGAUCCUCGGAUCCGUCGCUGCUCUGCCACCAUUAAUGGCAAGACAUACGGGUAUCUUCUUGCCCAGCCUGAGGGAGGCUUUACCCGCACGGUCUUCUUGAUUCAUGGCUUCCCAGACUUGUCUAUGGGUUGGAGAUACCAGAUCCCUGUUUUUCUCAAACUUGGCUUCCGCGUUGUCGCCGUCGACUGUAUUGGAUACGGACGUUCAGAUGCACCAACUGGGUCUCUCGACCCAUAUUCCUACCAGUCGCACGCUGAUGACUUAUUCGAACUUGGGAAGCAGCUUGGCUGUGAAAAUAUUGUUCUUGCUGGUCAUGACUGGGGUUCGGUGAUUGCCUCUCGGUUUACUCUUUACCACCCAUCUUUCAUCACCCAUCUCAUUCUCUUUGUUGUCCCCUACCUUCCUCCCUCGUCAAAAUACAUUGAUACGGCGGACCUCGCCAAGCUCGUCCCCACAGUUGCCUACCAACUGCAAUUUGGCAGCGCAGACGGCGUGGUAGAGUCCCAUACCCAAGAUAAGGAAGGUAUCCGCGCCUUCCUCAAUGGUCUGUACGGUGGAGCCACUCCUGAAGGCAAGUUUGCCAUGGAUUCAACCCGCGGGUUUGACUUUGAUUUGGCCACCAAGCUGGGCCAUACGAGGUUGCUCAGCGAGGAUGAACUGCAAUAUUACGUAGAGGAGUACUCAAGAAACGGGCUCCAAGGACCAUGCAACUACUACCGUAUUCGCCAGCAGAGCUUCACGGAUGAACAGCCUCUCCUAGCUCAGGGCAAAGAGGCAAUCUCAAUCAAGUGCCCCGUGCUCUACGUUCAUGCGCUAGCCGACCUUGUGGUCAACUCCGAGAUGCCAAAGGCCAUGGUGCCCUUCGUGCCCAAUCUCACCGUGAAAGAAGUCGAGGCAGGACAUUGGGCUCUGUGGCAGAAGCCAGCGGAGGUGAAUGCUUUUGUGACGGAGUGGUUGCAGCAGCAGGGACUUGUUGAGUCGUCUAAGCUGUAG